GCUCCCAACYGCCACGAUGCGGUCGGGGGGGGCGCGAGGGCUCCUCGCGCUCCCAUUGGCCGAGCGCUUCCCGCCGCCGGAGCGCCGACCAAUAGGAGCGCCGCCCGCCGCGUCGUGGGCGGGCCCGGCUCUGAGGGGUGGUGGUGGCCAUGGCGGCGGGAGCGUCCAUGUCGUGCUCUGCGGACAUGGGGGACAAGAAGGGCCCCAAGGGCACCCUGAGCCACUACGUGACGGCCCCGUUCGACCCCCGCUUCCCCAAUGCCAACCAGACCCGCAACUGCUUCCAGAACUACCUGGACUACCACCGCUGCAUGAAGGCGCUGACGGCCAAACACCGCGACGUCACCCCCUGCCUGUGGUACUUCCGGGUGUUCAAGUCCAUCUGCCCCAUGUUUUGGAUCCAGCGCUGGGAUGAGCAGCGGGCGGACGGCACCUUUCCCGGCCGGAUCUAGGCCUGAGGGCCAGGCAGCCGCCGGCCUCUUCCCGCUUCCCAAUAAACUGGCUCCGUGAUGAAACCUCUUCCCAAUGAUCCCCUUCCCAAUGAAACCC